AUGACCAAUCUGUGGUUCCUCGUGCUUCCCGUCCUUGUUCAGGCUCAAGGCCAGAACCAAGCCGGAGCAGGCGCAGCAGCCGCCGGGCCGCAUAUUGUCAACUCUCCAAAUGCCCUGUUCCAGGUACGCGUACUCUUGAUCAAAUAUCCGGUAGUGAUAGAGGAUAAACAAAUAUUGUUGGUUGCAGGCGCGAGCCACUGGAUCUGCACAACUGGAUCCUUGUCAAUACAUGCUGCAGUUGUUGAAUGGUUCGUCAAGUUGUCGUAAAUAAAGCGUGGAAAAAAGUGUGUUCGGGAUGUUUACAGAAACCAACAAAGAUUUGAUGCAGCAUGAAGUGAACACUUUGGAACAGUGCUUGUACUACUACUUGGCCGGCGAAAGUGCCAAGAAACUGGCAAAGUGAGGGAGAUUUUAAGUGAGAAAUGAGAUAAAUUCAAAUUUCCAGAUUGAACAUCCCGCACCCAAUCGCAUCGAUCCCACCAAACUACGUCAGCCAGCAGCCAGUUAACAUCAACUUUGCUCAGUUUACACUUCAACACUUUGAGUUGGUAAGUUACAGUAAUCCCUUCCACUCCUAAUGUUCCCAUUUAGAACGAGUACCUCAAGGACAUCUCGAUUCACGGAUACCUCGAGCUGAACUGGCACGAUGAUCGUCUUGUAUGGAACCAGGACACCUGGAAGAAGAACAAACUGGUCGUCCACAGUUUCCAUCACGUUUGGGUGCCAGUUCUCGGAUCUCAAAAGUAAGUUUUUCAUUCGGAUUACUUUCACUUUUUUGCGCCUCUCUUCUGGCCGCCCACACAGAAAUGACCUAUGAAAACGGAAAGGGAAAAGAAGGAAGAGGCGCCAAUAAGUUUAACAUGGUUUUUGUGCAGGUUGAAAUAGGUCAGAUGUGCUGUAAUCAUUCACGCAAACAUGUACAAUAGAUCAAAUGUGUUUGCUUUUACAGCCCGGAAAAUCAUCUGAAGAAUGGCGAUGCGUUCGAAAUCCGCAAAGUGGAAACUUCCAAUCAGGGAAAUGUUACCGCGAAAGUCGCGUUUUCGUUGAGGACUUUCUGCGAUGACACUGAUUUUGAGAACUAUCCGAAUGAUGUUUACAAGUGCUGCUUUUCCUUUGAGCCACAACAAGACAGGGUAUGGGGUUACGGCAGAAAACGAAAGCAAAACACAAUUUUUCUUUCCAGGAAGUCAUCCAAUUCACUUCCUCCGGACUUCCAAUCUUCACCGAUCCAAAGAACUUCCGCGACUACGGCUGGGGAGUGUCCGGAACUGUUCCAGAAUCUUUCGACGACCCGUCUGAAAUUGCUCAACUCGGAUUCUGCCUCAAUCUAAAACGCGCGCACAGUUCUUUGAAAGUCGAACUCGCCAUCCCACUUUUCAUCACCACUGUCCUCUUCCUGCUUCCGCCACUCUUCGGAAGCGUUAAGAUUCAAGUAGGCACAAUUCAUAGUAUAAAACGAUUUUUCCAAACAGAAAUAUUGCAGAUUUACCUUAAAAUGUUCGUAAUGGGACUUCAGUUCCUGACCCUUCUUAUCUUCUCCACUAGAAUCGCACCAUUCCUCUCCAGCACUGCGAGCACUCCAAAACCAAGUGAGAAAUAGCUUCCAAAACAUCAAACAAAACCGAAUUUUAGUGAGAUUCCUGGAAAUCGCCCUGGUUUUCAACCUGAUCUCGAUCACCAUUUCCAUCAUUCUCUUCUGCUGCAUGCAAGUGAAACGGUCCCUUCCUCCAUGGGGAAAAGUCACACAGUAAGAAUAUUAUAGUUCGUGCUGUCGGUGCUAAACUCUUUCCUUUUCAGAAUAGCCAACUUCAUUAACAGUUUCCUGGGCGUGCUCAACGUUACCGGUGUUGAAGAGUACAAUUUGGACAAGUAUGACGAGCAAGUCGCGCAGAGCACUUAUCAAAAGGACUGGGCGAAUGUGUUCCGUGCCGCGCACGCAGUCAUCAUGGGAACCAUCAGCGCCAUCGUCGUGUUUGUCUAUAUUGUCUAUUGCUUCUAA